AUGAUAUUGCUGAGACAGAAUAAUCUGCACCAAUUUGUGAAGGCGCCUGAGUUGGGGAGCUUAAAAAAAUUUGAGAAAGAAGGAGAAGAAGAAAGAAAAGAACUGGACUCAUAUUUGCAGAAUGUAAACUUACUAGAUAUUAAGAAGGAGGAGUACAAAACAGUUUCGAUACCGUUGGUUCUAUUUUACUUUUUCAAAUGUUAUUCUGAGAGUAAUUUAAAAAAUGGAAGACGCAAUUUGAAGUAUUCAUUAGUCAUCGAUGGGGACGUGUACCUGGGCUAUGAGAUUAUGCCCUUGGUCGUUGUUUUGGUUAGGGCUGACCGUGCAUGCGAUGAACUCGUUGCAAAUAAAAAGGAAGCAACUGAUGUUGAGGUACGUUUAGGGGAAAGGUUUCCCAAGAAAGUGUGUGUCAGAAAAUGCAAGGAAAGUAAUAAGAGUGAAGUUUUAGGAAAGUGUGUUUCUAUGGGAUGUGUGCAUCACCCACUUGAACAAAAUGAUAGCAAUUGUAGUAGCCACUCACUGAGCGGUGACGAACGUUUGAGUGAAAAAGGUGAAAUGCGUACGAAGGAGCAAGCGGAACAGGUGUCAAAUGAUCAGAUAGAGAAUGGGAAUUUUCCUUGUGGACCCAUGCAAGGAGUGAAAAUGGCUGAUUGUUACCCUGGCUGCUAUUACGUAGAUCAGUUCAGAUCAUAUCUUUUUGUUAUGUUUGAUGAGUUAAGCCAGAAGAUGAUAAUAAGCAUAUUCCCCGUGGAAAAGUAUGGAUUCGAAAAAAGCAAAAGUUUCGUUCUCAAAUUGAGCGAGUACGAAGAUUUAAUAAGAAAGGGCAUGCAAAGAAAGAAAGUUGAAACUGAUUCACCAUUUUUUACGACAAAUCUGCAUCGUGAUAGUUGUCCAAGAGGGGAGGAGGCCCCUUUUGAUGAAUCACCCAUUGGAGUAUUUCAAACAGAGAACAAUUCGAAUAAGGAUUUUGGUAAAAUUAUGAAGAAUGAUAAUGUGCCUGAUUUUGCCCGCCCACUAAUGAGAGAGGAGGUGAUACGUUUAGGAAUGUUAACUGAGAAUGAUGACGACCGUACAGCUGAAAUGCGUAUUGUUGAACAAGCAAACGCGUUCAAUGGUAAUCAUUCGGCAUUAUCCCAUUUGAGAAAAAGAAAUAGUGAAGGAGGUAAAGGACAGGACAAUGUCAUUGUGAAGAGCAACACAAAUUGCGAGAAGACGCCAAUACUACCCAGCUCUAUAACAAAUAAUGUUUCAAGGAAUUAUGGGUGCGCUGUACCAUUUUUAACGAAUCCCAUGGGCGGAAAUUUCAAGCAAUGUGUACCCAUGUUGUCCCUAAGCGGAGAAAAAAGGAGAUUUGUUUUGACGUGCCUUCUGUUGCACAUGUGCAGACGCGAGUAUAAAGUAAUAUACAGUUAUCCGUGCGGGUUAGAGAGAAGAUUACCAUUCUUGCUUGAUGUUCAUAGUGUGGGCGAGCGUCCCGGAAGAAAAGAUCGUAAAGAAGUGUCAGCUUGUCACAUGGAGGGAGAGAACACACAUUUCCCAUUAAUGAGUGUCCCAGGUGAGGAUGAGAAGGAUAGUAAUAAAGGGGAAGACAUAUUGGAAAAGCUGUUUGCCAACUAUUUUUUUUACCAGAGAAGGGAUUUUACCUUUUCUGCGGGGGACAUAAUUGGAGGUGAGUAUGCCUCGAUGGAAGGAUGCGAGCAGGAGUUUUUUGGAAGCGGGGAAAACAGAGACAACAAUGAUAAUUCGCGUGGGUAUAGCCACAACGAGUAUAAUCACAACGGUUACAAUUCCAAUGGGUACAACAGCAACGAUUACAACAGCAAUAGCGAUAACAACGGAGACUACAACCAUAACUGUUAUAAUAAUAGCAGCAGCAAUAAUGGAAGCAGUAACAAUGGAAGUAGCAACAACGGAGACAACAACAGUGGCGGUAAUAAUGGGGGAAAUAACAACAAUGGAGGAAAUAAUAACAACGGCAGCGACGAUAAUGAUGACAACGAUGAUUGCAAUGAGAAUGAUGAUAGUAAUGAGAACGAUGACAGUCAUGAGAAUGAGGAGACCAACGAAAACGAGGAGUACAACAGUAAUAAUGAACACAAUAGCACCGAUAACUACAAGUUUGUGGAUAAGUACGCCUGUAUGGAUAUGGAAGCGAAGAAGAGUUUAACUGGGGAUCUUUUAAAUUCCAGUAAGUACACGAAUAUUACUAACAAAAGUGAAAUAAGCACAAAUUAUUUCGAAAAUAGUUGCAACACUAGUGCGAACAAUAGUAACAACGGGUGUUAUGAAGAGAAUAAUAAUUUGUACUUAAACAAUGAAGAGGGUCUAACGCUGACAAAUAUGCACCUUCACAAUGGGAAACGUGUUAAUGGGGAUGAUGGCGCAGUGCUGUACGAUAAUAUUGGAGGAGGAAACAACUUAGAUCACGAACAUAGUAAUAGUGAUAAUGUGUAUAAUAAUAUUCGUAGUUAUAUGGAAAACUACAUGGAUAAUAACAGGGUUCGUGUAAUAAAUGCUUGUAAAAGAGAUUCGUGUAGCACCAAUGAAGAGCAGAUUUCUAACAACUCUCUGAAUGAUAGUACUAAAAUGAAGGAUGAAAUGUUGUACAAUGCGAACGACUUGGUAUACCAUGGGGAGGGAAUAAACGUGAAAGACGAAAUGAACGAAGCAUACGAACCGAACUUUUUGUCUCUUAAGAGGAACAACCUAGAUGGCGAUCACAAACAUUUGGACACCGGGGUGCAGAAAAAGAUUAACAAAAAAAGGAAUAAAGUGAAGAUGGAAAAGAGCAAUAAAAAUCUGGACGAUGAAAAGAAAGAAGUCCUGAAUAAGGUAUCCCAAAUAACCAGAGUAGGUGGUGUAUGUUUUGAUAAGAAUAGACAAAGAUGGAUUGCGCAUUGGAAAAUUGAUGGGAAAUAUCAUAAGCAUUAUUUUCCAAUAAGUCAGUACGGAUUUGAGAAUGCUCGAGAGAGAGCCAUCAAUUGUAGGAAGCAAGCAGAGAAGCUGUUCAAUUUGCCAGAAAUACAACCACGAAAUAGGUGGAACCAAAUCAAAGUGAAUGGAACAUCUCACAUUAAGAAGGCAGCGAAGUUACCAAGGUGCGAAGGGGUUGCGUAUGAUGAGUUGUCACAAAGUUGGGUUAGUACCUUUGUUGUGCAUAAGAAGUUUUCCAUUGAUGAUUUGGGUUUUUACGGAGCUAGAGAUCAAGCCAUUUACUGCAGGAAAGUUUUCGAAAAGGUAAAUGUGCAUGACGAUUAUGAGUUUUUGCUCAAAGAUAGACUAGGAAUGAGUAAUGAAGAAAAGGAAGAACUGGAUGCCCUGUUCAAUAUUGAUAAAAAUGCAAUAGAAAAAAUGGAUAUGGGAAAUAACGUUGGCGGCAACACUAAGGUAAAGAGAAACAUGGAGAAAAUUAAUGUGAAGGAUAGCAAUGAGUACUCGUUAGUGAAUAGCAAUGGAGAAAAUAUGAAUGCUGGUGGUGCCAACUCGGAUGUCAAAAUAUCCAACGAGCAGUAUUUAAAAAUAACGCAGGAAGCCAUCGAAAUGAUUUUAAGCAACAUAAAGCACAAGUCCCUACCAGAGAUUAAGCUGAAACUAAUUGACAAACAGAAAUUUGAGAAUUAUAACACCUUGUUGGAUAAGCACUUCAAAUUUAUUACAUCCGUGAAGAAUAUUUCGCAGCUUCAGCCCUACAUAUCCCUUUUCCACAAAUUUAUCAUUUACCACACACUUCCUCAUAACAUAUCGUUAAGGAAGCAGCUGUUCAUUAUUGAAGCGUUAGAGUGGUCUUCCUUUUUCUCUGGAGCCGCCAGCCAGAAGGUUGACUAA